CUUCGGUGAAGUAAUAGAGUAAAUGUCCGUAGUUACAUCGCUGUCUUUAAAAAAAAAAGAAAAAAAUGUUCAUAACAUUUCGGAUUCCGGAACACGCAAUUUUUUUUUGUACAAAAUAUAACACCUUUAAAUUACCCGAGGCUUAGGCUGUGAAGGCCGAAGCCUGACGACGUCCGGGAGCUGGACACCAACGUCUGUUACCACCGCGGCCAUAGAGCAGGCAGCUGGUACUAAAAUUAAAAGAUGUCAGCAUUUUCCUCAGCUUUUAAAAGCAUCCAUGUAUCACCUUCACCUUCAUCCAGAGACCUCACCUGUGACUCUGUUGGGCUGAUUUUGAGCCAAGGUGGAUGUUUGACACAUGAUCAGGGGCAGAUGUUAGGAACUGAGCUUGGCCUGAUGGAGAUGACAGAGGUCGAAUAUACACACCUUCAGCACCUUAUCCAGGCGCACAUGGAGGCGCAAGCUGGGCCUCCAGAUGGGCCAGAUGCCAGACCUCACCCUGCUUCGGUGAGGGCUACGGACGCCACUGGAUCCACAAUGAUUUCUCCCGUCACAACCACUCAAGCUAUUGACUUGUCAACUUCGACUGAUGAACACUGUCUGGUGAUGCCAGGAGAAAAGACGCCAGCUUCCUAUGGAGAGGUCCCAGGGUUUGUGCUGGCCAGAGUCAGAGGGGAAGAAAGUCCGACUAAACCGCCUGCCAACAGCAGCACAUCCUCACAGAAGCAAUCCAGAUCAGCUGCCAGAGUUUGCUUGGAGAAAAGGUUCAACGCCGUGUCUGCUGACAGUGCAAGACAGAAGGAUAUUCAGUCAGCUGUUCUCAGCAAUUUUUUGACAAUACUUCAGCAGUCUGCAGAGGCUCAAGAGGCAGUCAUACAUCCGCAAAUGCAGAAGUGGAUGAAAACUGACAGAGCAAAUCCUUUUGAGGUUUCCAGCCCAUAUGUAGGGGGUGUCUUUAACCCUGUCACCAACAUGUGUGGUCAGGUGAUUGGGCAUAUUCCUCACAUGGUUGAACCUAACAAGCACCAGGGUAUAAUCAUCCCCAAGAGUUUUUCAUUUAAUUUUUGCCCGGAGAUGGUUGUUGCAAAAGCUCACUAUACCAGUAGCAGCAACCUAACAAGAGAGAAGCAGCUUGUGGACAUAGAAAAUGAUGUGGUGACACCUGCUGCCUCGAGAAAGCGUGGUAGCGCCCGCAGCUCUCAACCCAUCAAGGCUGCAAAGGCUGCACCCGACUCAGCUGGAGAAUCAGGGAGCAGCACCAGGAAACAAGCUAGAUCCUGUAUGUCACUUAGCCAGCGCAAGGAGAGACACAACAGUAAGGAGAGGGAACGCAGGAAGAGGAUUCGUAAGUGCUGUGACGAGCUGAACGUGCUGGUGCCAUUCUGUGACUCAGACACAGACAAAGUAACCACCCUGCAGUGGACCACUGCCUUCCUCAGGUACAUCAAUAAAACGUAUGGAGACACCUUCAAAGAGGAGUUUCAGAAGGCUUUCACUGAUGAGAAAGGACUGUUUUUUAAAUCCAGCCCUUGUUCAGGCCAGGACCUAAUCCACAGAGAGAUGGACGAGACUCUGAGCAUUCCUCUUGCGGUAGAGCAAUGACUCCCCCAUCCACACUAUUUUAUCAAAUAAAUCAGCAAAAUAUUUGAGUACAUUUAACCAUUAACCUCAUUGUCCCAUGAGGUCUGGAUAUGUGUUGUUACAUUUUAAAUGACAAAAAGUCUCCCUUUGAAUGGAGCUCUGCUUUUGACUGCAUUGCAAUGAUUUAGAAAGUGGAAGGUUUUCAGUCCCAGACCAUGUGAUGCUCAAACAUGGUUGGUGUUCUCUAAGACCAGACUGUAUCAGGCUAGGGUUGAAUUGCCAUGCCAUUUCUUCUAUCACUGAUACUCCCCCCCCCCCUUGAGAGCCGGCAUUUUUUGAUAAAAUGGUGUUUUUCAUAGAAUCAUCAACAGGUGGCACUGUUUCCCUUUGAAAAACAGAUGAGAUAGUGCUCUAAUGAGUCGAUUUCAACUCUUUAGCUAUCAUAGAUUUAGUUCAUUUUAUUUAUAUCUGCAUAGUUUUUAUGCCUGAUUCAAAUUUUGUUAACUUGAAUAUUUUUUUAAUUGUUUACUUUGAUUAAACUUUGUUCAUACAGUAUGUUGAUCAGUUUCCGUGACCACAUACAUUUAGUCUUUAAUCAUAUAUUUAAGAGUUUUGAAUGGAAAUAAGUGUUGCUGCCUUCUGAAUUAAUGGGGUUAUUAACUUUAAUGGUGUUAAGCAUAUUACUCUGAAGUAAAGACUGUUCAUUUGAUAUGUAGAAAAGAGUAAUGUUUUACUGAAAAGUGGCUUUAUUUGUUCUUUCUUACAACAUGUCGCUGUAGCAUCUUACUGUACAUACAACAGUCACCCACAAAUAAUAAAUAGUAUUUAAAGUCAUGUAUAUUUAAUAGUUACAGCACUGGUAGUACAUAGUGGAUGUUGUCAUUGCAGAUUGAAAAAAAAUGAUUUUUUUAUUUUACUUUGCCCCUAAGAUUCUUCAACUUAUUUUACAAUGUCUGAUUUAUGCAUCCACAAGUUUUAUUUUGUUUUUGAUUCUCAAAUCUAGAGAAUCAUCUUCACAUGUAAUUAAAAAAACAAAACAAAAAACAAGCUGUAAAAAAGACUAUCAAAAGUUUAAAAUUUUUUUGCAUUAAUCUACACAAUGUCUGGGCACCUGGGUGUUUGUUUUUUAUUCCUUUUAAAAUACAUACACAGCUCCCCGAUAGAGGCUUUUUGCCUCUGGCACGUAUUUCCAUAUUUUACACUGUAAGCUUGUAUGUUGAGGUAACACCUGUGAUUUACACUAAUGGGCUGUGAUACAUGCACUUUCACCUCAGAGACAGUCACUGUUAUUUUUAGAGUGUCAUCUGCCAGAA